CUUGGUUUCUUGGUCCUAUAUAUACCCAUGUCAUGCCACAAAGGAAUUUUUGUGACAUAUCCCUUCUCAGUCUUGUAAACGUAAAGCCCCAGAACUAGACAUAUAUAGAGAGAAAGAUAGAUAUAACAUAUAUAACACCAGUGUCUUUUUUGUGCCUAGAUUUAUUAUCCCUCGUCUCUCUCAUUGUCCUUCAUCGAUCUUCUUCAGAUUAUGGAAGAUCCGGAGGAAGAAGAGCUUCUGAAUCUGAGCCUCUCAGUUUCUGCAGGUAGAGAGAGGAAAAAGAAAGGGAAGAUGAUGAUGAUCAGUACGAGAGAUCAUCACAGCAAUAUUAAUAGUUCCUGUUUCUCGUCGUAUGAACAAGGCUUCGAAAGCAGGAUCUUCAGGCUGCUUCAAACCAGAGAGCAAAUGCUUCGUCAAGAUCACAAUCUCAUGAGAAAUAAUAAUAUUCAUGGCAGAGGAGUUUUGGAAGACGGUAAUGGCCUCCCUCUGAUUCAUCUCCUUCUCAGUACAGCCACUUGUGUCGACGACGCCAACAUUAACUCCGGCCUAGACAACCUCGCUCAGCUCUACCACACCGUCUCUCUCACCGGUGACUCCGUCCAACGAGUCGUCGCUUACUUCGCCGAUGGUCUCGCCGCCCGGCUUCUCACCCGCAAAUCCCCCUUCUACGACAUGCUCAUGGAAGAACCCACAAGCGAAGAAGAGUUCUUAGCGUUCACUGAUCUUUAUCGAGUCUCACCGUACUACCAAUUCGCUCACUUCACAGCCAACCAAGCCAUCCUCGAAGCCUUCGAGAACGAGGAAGACAGGAACAACCGAGCAUUGCAUGUCAUCGACUUCGAUGUCUCCUAUGGUUUUCAAUGGCCUUCUCUUAUACAAUCUCUCUCCGAGAAGGCCACCAGCGGGAACAGAAUAUCUCUGAGAAUCACUGGAUUCGGGAAGAACCUCAAAGAGCUUCAAGAAACAGAAUCGCGUUUGAUCAGUUUCUCAAAGGGAUUCACCAAUCUGGUGUUUGAAUUCCAAGGCCUGCUUCGAGGCUCACGUGUGAUUAACCUAAGGAAGAAAAAAAAUGAAACAGUGGGUGUGAAUCUGGUGUCUUACUUGAACACAUUGAGUAGUUUCAUGAAGAUUUCUGACACAUUGGGAUUUGUUCAUUCCCUGAAUCCCUCCAUUGUUGUGCUGGUCGAGCAAGAAGGAAGUAGAAGCCCCAGAACGUUCCUGUCGAGAUUCACUGAUUCGUUGCACUAUUUCGCCGCCAUGUUCGAUUCUCUGGAUGAUUGUUUACCUCUGGACAGCACAGAGAGGUUGAGGAUAGAGAAGAAGCUUCUGGGAAAGGAGAUCAAGGCGAUGCUGAAUAACUACGACGUGGACGGCGUGGAUUGUCCCAAGUACGAGAGGAUGGAGACGUGGAAGGCGAGGAUGGAGGGCCAUGGAUUCUCAGGAACAAAAGUCAGCUCUAAGGCUUUGAUUCAAGCAAAGCUAUUGUUGAAGAUGAGGACUCAUUACUCUCCACUUCAGUUUGAAGACGAAGAAGGUGGUGGCGGUUUCAGGGUUUCAGAGAGAGACGAAGGAAGAGCCAUAUCUUUGGGUUGGCAAAAUAGGUUUCUUCUUACGGUCUCGGCAUGGCAGGCAGUGUGAUGGAGAUGAAGAAGAAAAUGAUGAUCAUAAUAAUCCCUAACCUAUUCAUCAUUUUGGUAAAACCUACACUCAAAAUGAUGAACCCUCUUAAUAUAAUUUUAACUUCAAUUAUUAUUAUUAUUAUUAUUUCUCUCUUUGACUAUUGUUAGCUAUAUAUCAUCGUUCUUGUUCUGUAGUAGAGGUUAAUUUCAGUAUAUAACUAGAUUAUUGUUUAAUUAUAUAUUGUGGUAUAAUAGAUGAUGCAUAAUAUCUUUGAUUAA